UAAACUUGUUCUGAAGACUGUUGUCAAAAGGCUGGAGAGACGCUGCAAACACCGGAGGACGAUUUCGGCGACCAGUUUCAUGUGUGCCCCAGGUUUUUAUUCGUCUUGAGAUUAGCAUUAUCUGUAUUUUAAAUGUUAGUGUAAAGGUUUGAAAGUCGUUCACGUUAGUUUUGAUUUGAAUUAUCGAGUUUACGCGAAGAAGCGAGGGCUGAACUAACGUCGGUUACAAUAGUUUGACUCGUUAAGAUAAUAUCCAAACAUCGAGAGUUUUUUAAAAGCUUAUUUUUUAAAGGCGAACAUUACUUUAAUCCAAAAAUGAGCGCGGGUGUUGCAAAACCGGCGAAUCCGUCGACACACGUCGACCCGAAGUCGGUUCCUCUGAAAGAAAUCCCAGAUGUUCUGCUCGACCCUCGCAACAUGAGGAGAUACGCGAGGGGACGCUUCCUCGGUAAAGGUGGUUUCGCCAAAUGCUACGAGAUAACAGAUUUGGAGACGAAGCAGGUUUUCGCCGGGAAAGUCGUGCCCAAGUCCCUGAUACUGAAGCAGCACCAGAGGGAGAAAAUGACCUCGGAAAUCGCCAUACACAAGAGUCUCGACCACGCCAACGUCGUCGGCUUCCAGGGGUUCUUCGAAGACGACGACUUCGUCUUUGUCGUCCUGGAAAUCUGCAGGAGAAGGUCCUUGUUGGAGCUGCACAAGCGUCGUAAGGCUGUGACUGAGCCCGAGGCCCGCUACUACAUGUCGCAGCUGCUUAAAGGUGUCCAGUACUUGCACAACAACAGAGUCAUCCACAGAGACCUGAAACUGGGCAACAUCUUCCUCAACGAUGACAUGGAGGUCAAGAUAGGUGACUUCGGUUUGGCCACUAAGAUCGAGUUUGACGGCGAGAGGAAGAAGACCUUGUGUGGAACGCCCAACUACAUUGCACCUGAAGUGCUUUGUAAGAAAGGCCACAGCUACGAGGUGGACAUCUGGUCACUUGGAUGCAUUCUGUACACUUUGUUGGUGGGUAAGCCCCCAUUCGAGACCUCCUGCCUGAAGGAGACUUACAGCCGCAUCAAGAAAAACAAUUACACCAUCCCCUGGCACAUCAACCCAGCCGCAUCCUCCCUAAUCAAGCGGAUGCUGCAUGCUGAUCCUGCCCUGAGGCCAACUGUCUCCGAGCUGCAAACAGAUGAGUUCUUCACAUCGGGCUACAUCCCCUUACGUCUGCCCACUACCUGCCUCACCGUGCCCCCGCGCUUCUCCAUCGCACCCUCCACAGCCAUGGAGCUCAACCAGAGACGCCCAUUGACUGCUAUCAAUAACAAAGGAGGGACAGAGAAGGUGGAUAUGAAAGACGAGCCAAUGCAAAGGGAGCCUGAACAAGCAGAAAACCACCUGAAAGAUAUGCUGCAGCAGCUCAACAGCAUCAUUGCUGCCAAACCGUCAGAGAAGGCCGUCAUCUGCCAAGGGGAGGCCGAGGAUCCUGCAUGUAUUCCCAUCUUCUGGAUCAGCAAAUGGGUGGACUACUCGGACAAAUAUGGAUUAGGCUACCAGCUGUGUGACAACAGUGUUGGUGUGUUGUUCAACGACUACACCCGUCUGAUCAUGUACGCUGAUGGAGACAGUCUGCAGUACAUUGACAAAACAGCUGCUGAAUCCUACCUCAGCGUUCGCUCGUUUCCUGCCACACUCAACAAGAAGAUAACUUUGCUGAAAUAUUUCCGUAACUACAUGAGCGAGCACCUGCUGAAGGCUGGUGCGAACAUUGCACGGCGGGAAGGCGAUGAGCUGGCGCGGCUUCCUUACCUCUCCUUGUGGUUCAGAACCAAGAGCGCCAUCGUGCUGCACCUCACCAAUGGCACCGUUCAGAUCAACUUCUUCCAGGACCACACCAAGCUGAUCCUGUGCCCUCUGAUGGCCGCUGUGACCUACAUCGACGAGAAGCGAGAAUUCCGCACCUACAAGCUUUCCCUGCUCGAGGAGUUCGGCUGCACUAAAGAGCUGGCGAGCCGCAUUCGCUACGCCAAGCUGAUGGUGGAGAAACUGCUGGACAGCAAACCUUCCCCGGCCGCCGCACAAUAGACCACGUCUUAAACCCCCACUUAAUUAUUAACUUGCCACUUCUCUCUGUCAGGCUCUGAGAACGGAAAGAUCCUGACAUUUUCUGGGUUUAAUGAUUUUUAUUAGGCCCUGACCGUGUACCUUGAAAAUGAAUCACUUGUAUAUUGUGGAAAUUUUUGCCUGUCAUCCACUUAUUUUUAUCGUUCUUCCUGCUGUCGGUCAAAUCUCUUAAUUUUUCUGAUGAAGCUUGGCCAACAUGUUCACGGUGAAACAAUCCUUGACGACUAACUCUCCAGCCACAAAGCAGACGAGCAUACCCCGUCACUUUAAACGAGUCUUGAAGGAAAAAUAUGAGCGUUAAAGGCUUUUGGUGUUCAGAAUCAUCUUAAAGUUCCACCAUGAUUCUCUUUGCUUGUUUGUAUUCAUUUACUCAGCAGUUAUGUAUUUGAAGCUGAGUGAACAGAUGUGUGUGUGUGUGUGUUGGGCAUUGAAAACUCCGACUGGCUGUGUGGAUGGGGAAAACAAGCUUCUCUGGUCGCUUCUCUAGUUUGUCUGUUUUAUCUGUGUUGUCUGUAGAGAGAUGGACCAUGUUAAUACGUCUACAUCAUGUACAGUAUUUUUCCUCCUGUAGCCACUUUUUUUUUUUUUUUACACUUUUUAAGUCUAUUUUAGAUGUCUUGUCUUUUUCAACAUGUACAGACCUGUAAAUACUGCUGAAUAUGCAUACAUGUUGUGAAGAUGGUUAAAUUUUAUCCAAGUCUAAAUAAAGAUUCUCUUGAACAAAUGUAA